UGCCAGCUGACAUCCCCGUCUUCUGGUUUUUCCUUCUUUCUAACCAUCCUUGUCUUUUCCAUAAAUUAGCAUUGCUUGUCGGUUACUUACUUUUAGUUGAUCCACUUCACUGUCUUCUUCUUCUUGAUCACUCUUAUUACUGUCUGACACCUCACAUCACUAAAGCUUUGAAGAAAUAAGGAAGAAGAAGCGAAGAAAAUGAAGCUGAUUUGGAGGUUGAAGUCUCUUAACAAGUACAACAACUGGAUAUUUAAGCUAGCAAUUGCAACUCUCUUAUUGGGUUCUGCAUUUAGACUCCUUUUCUAUCAAUCCUCAAGUUUUGAAUCAAAUAUAGAAACAGCCAUUGCUGAUAGCACUGAAUUGUCAAAGGAACCUGUUUCUUCUGUUGAUAUCUCAAAACCACCACCCGUUACUGUUGAUAUUCCAAAGCCACCUCUUGCUGCUGAUAUCCCAAAGCCAACUUCUUCUGCGAAUACCUCAAAGGAUUCUCUAUCUGCUGAUUUACAAGAACCUGACGACGAGACACUUCAAAAGGAACUUAAUGCAGGAAAGUGUGAUCUUUUCACCGGGGAUUGGAUUCCCAAUCCAUCGGGACCAAUGUACACAAAUUCCAGUUGCUCCUUGAUUGAAGGUCAUCAGAAUUGCAUGAGGAAUGGACGAACAGAUUCUGGCUAUCUAUUCUGGAGGUGGAAUCCGCGAGACUGCCAGUUACCUCCAUUUAAUGCUCAAAGGUUUCUUGAGGUGAUGAGGAACAAAAGAUGGGCAUUGAUUGGUGAUUCAAUAUCUCGCAACCAUGUACAGUCAUUGCUAUGCAUUCUGUCAACUGUUGAGCAAGCAGUUGAAGUUUACCAUGAUGAGGAGUACAAAUCAAAAAGAUGGCACUUUCCUUCUCACAACUUUACCAUAUCGAACAUCUGGUCUCCUUUCCUUGUAAAAGCUGCCAUCUUUGAAGAUAAUGAUGGUGUUUCAACAUCUGAAGUUCAGUUGCAGCUUGACAAACUUGACACGAACUGGACAAAUCUCUACCGGGGCUUGGAUUACAUGAUAAUCUCUACUGGAAAAUGGUUCCUUAAAGCUGCUAUCUACCAUGAGAAUGACACAGUGGUGGGCUGCCAUAUAUGUCCUGGAAAGAACUUGACAGAGAAGGGAUUUGUCUUUGCUUAUGAGAAAGCGCUUAGGUAUGCAAUGAACUUCAUCGCAACAUCCAAACACAAGGGAUUGAUCUUUUUCAGGACAUCAACACCAGAUCAUUUUGAGAAUGGAGAAUGGCACAAUGGAGGGAACUGUACGAAAACAACACCAGCUAAAGAAGGUGAGAUUGAGCUUAAGGACCUGAACAAGAUUUUGCGUACUGUUGAAUUAGCCGAGUUUGAGAAGGCAUCUGCGAAAGCUGCUGAAAAUGGGGUAAAUCUUAAACUCCUCGAUUUCACAAAUCUCUUGCUAUCAAGGCCGGAUGGCCAUCCGGGUCCAUACAGGCAGUUUCAUCCAUUCGCGCAGGACAAAAAUGCGAAAGUUCAGAAUGAUUGUUUACAUUGGUGUUUACCUGGGCCUAUUGACUACUGGAAUGAUGUGAUAAUGGAGAUGGCUAUAAAUGGUUGAGACGAUUAGCUAGCAGUAGAUGAUUAAUAUGUGCCAUAUUCUUCUACAUUUUUUGGUUAUGUGAGCUUUGGAGCGCCUCCCUGCUUGUAUAUACUCCCGCGGUCCGUGGCCUUCAUUGUCAUUUGCAUUUGCCGUAUAUCUGCUUUACCUGGAGUCCAUCAACCAUUCAGCCAACAAAAAUUUCAGCUACUGAGACUGCGGAGGAGGAGAUAGUAAGGCUUAAUUUUAGUCCACGUUAUUUGUAUCGACAAUAAUAUUGAUCCCAAAUGCCCUGGUUAUUCAUCAUUGCUUCAUACAAGAUCUCCACUUCUUGAUAUUCAA